UUAAGGGCAGCUGUCAACGCACACAAGAUUUACAAACCGCACUCAAGUGGCGACAACGUUGGCAACAGUGAUUUGACAAAACGGAGAUUUUGAAACCGUUCCUAGUCGCCCUGGAAGUUAGCUUGUAGUCCAAAGCUUCUUUUGAAAUGAAAAUUGAUGUUUUUUUUAAAUUCUUCAAUUAAUAUCGACUGUAUUCCGGCAUUAAGGAGUGAAAAAUGGCGCUGUAGUUAUCAGAAACAACAAACACGUGCAAAUCAAAUGCUGUCAAAAUAAUAGGUGAAGUGAGCAUUGAUUCAGUUUAAACAAAUUUGUGUGUUAGGAUUUUAAUUGAUAAAGUAUUGACUGGCAGAAUGGGUGAAUCAAAGAAAAGAGCUGCCGACUCAGAAGGUUUGAGUGAGGUGAAGAAGCCGAAAUUUGAGAAGAAAUCCGCCGCCCCAAAAAACAGUUCAGACAAACCAAAAGGAGGCAAUCCGUUUCAGAAGACAGGAAAUAAGUUUGGGAAACCGCAAGGCAAAUUCCAAAAGCCACAAGGAAAAUUCCAGAAACCACAGCAAGGCAAGUUCCAAGGAAAGUUUCAAAAGCCCGGAGCCGGUGGUCCGGGUAAAUUUGGAAAACCCAGCGAUGGUCAUUCGAAGCAAGCGGCUGCACCAGCACCAGCACCGGAAAAAGUUGACUGGACCAAAUUUAAGCAAGAGAAAAAGGAAUUGCGGCAGAAGCGCAAAGCAGCCAGAACUGGAUUCGAUAAAAUCCAAGAAGCCAAACAACUUUACGAAAAAUUGAAAUGCAAAUCAACUGAAAACAAGGCAGAACUUUGCCGUGAACUCCACAAAGUAUUCAGAGAUGCAGAGACUUACCAAAAGAUGGUAAUGGCACAUGAUACAACGCGAAUCGUUCAAUGUAUGCUCAAACGUGCUCCAGCUGAAAUUUGUAAAGAAAUUUCAGAGGCUCUAGUUCCAGUCGUUAGCAAAUUGGCCAUUUGUGAUUAUGCACAUUUUGUUGUGCCUCGUCUGUUGAAGUAUGGAACAAUGGAGAUUAAACGUAAAGUGAUUGAAGCCACAUAUGGAAAUGUGUUUUCAAUGUUGAGCCGACCAAAAUCCACUUCCAUCAUUGAUACGGUAUAUUUGUCCUAUGCAAGUAGCCAACAGAAGGCUUUGAUGCGUCAAGAGUUGUAUGGAGAUCUGUACAAAAAGGCUAAAGACAAAAAUGUCAAGUGUAUAAAGGAUACGUACAAGGAUUCACCACACAUGAAACUAGCCGUUUUGAAUUCAGUCAAAAGUAAUUUGGACCACAUUGCCAAUAAGACAUUGGUUGAUAACAGUUUGGUACAUGCUGUCUUGUGCGACUAUUUGAACGAGUGUAAUGAAGAAGAUAGAGGUGAAAUUAUCACAGCAUUUUUGCCACACAUCGCGGCUUUGGCUAGUACGAAAGACGGCGUUCUCGCCGCUAUGACUUGCUUCUGGCAUUCGAUUGUCAAGGAUCGUAGAGCUAUUUUGAAGACGAUUCGUGAGCAUCUCAUAAAACUAUGCACUCAUGAGCAUGGUCAUGUCUUUAUAUUGACCAUUAUCAAUACGACCGAUGACACAAAAGCAUUGAAAAAAUCUAUCUUCGAUCCAAUUUUCGCUGAAAUCGAAGCAGUCGUGGCCAGUGAAUGGGGCAGAAGAGUCAUUGACUGGUUUGUUUCGCCUGGUGAUCGAGCACGUUUUCAUCCACAAACCAUUGCUCUAAUUGAAGAAGGUUUGCAAUACAGUAAAAAAGAUAAGGAUGUCCGCCGUGCGGAGCUCCUAGAACAAGUCAGUGAGCCGCUGUGCAAAGCCAUCGUUGAGAAUCCAUACUAUUGGGUACGUGGUGGUCAUAUUGCCAUCACAACAUUAAAUAUUUUGAAAAGCUGCAAAGGUGAACUGGCAAAGAAAGCAUUAGAUAGUGUGGCUGAAGUGGUUUGCAAUGUCGACUGGAAAGUGACACCAAAGGAAGUGGAAGAGGAAAACAAAGAAGUUGCCGAAAUAAAGAAAAAACUUGAGGCGAAAACAGAUGAGUCUGAGGAUAAAAAGGGUGUUCCGGAACUAGUUCUUGGUGUUGAACAUGCCGGUUUACAUAUUGCACUCAAGAAAUUCCUGAAGAUAGAAGGAUUCCCAUCAGCAUUGGCAGAGAAACUGACCGAUGAAGUGGUCCAGAUAUGGUUGCCAUUGAAUCGUGCUACAUUCUUGUUAGUCGACGCAUACAAGGGCGAAAAUCCAAAUGUACAGCAGAAAAUCAAAACUUUGGUUACAAAACAGAGGAAAUUGCUGAAAUCACAAAAUCAUGCGGCGUCCAAAAUUUUGUCGGAACUGCUUGGAUUGAAAUAGAAACAUGUCCCAGGGACGAGAUCAAAACUUGUUCACUUUUUAUUUUGAUAUGAUUUUAUGAUUAUUAAUAUUGAAUUCUAGAAGGAAAAAAAUGAAUAAAAAAUCAUAUAAGUUGAGUUUUAUGGAUGCAAA